CGGGCUUCUCGGGACACUCGGCCUCCCCCGACCGGACGGACGGAUCCCAGCCCUCCGGGGCGGAGAACGCGCGCGGGUUCGGCGGGGGUCACGGCCCUGGGGACACGCCCCUCCCUCCCGGGCCGGGGUCCGAGGCCGGCCGCGGGGCUGCGCAUCAGCCCGCCCUGCGUCUUUCCUUCCCCGCCUCCCCGGUCCCGCUGGACGCCCCCGCCCUUCGGGGCAUCACUGCCCUCUGGCCGCCCUCGUGCACCCCCUACCUGGGGAGAGCCCGGGGGACGGCUGCACUGGGGCGGGGGAUCCCACCUGUCUUCGCUGCCCGUUUCCUGCGGUGCUGAGGUCUUGGGGCCCCCGAGCCCCUUCUCCAAGAAGCUCAGAGAUGCGCCCCACCCGGCGGCUCCCGCGCUGAGAGUCUGAGGCCGGCUCCCUCACCUCCCGCCAUGUCGCAGAUGCUGCACAUCGAGAUCCCCAACUUUGGGAACACUGUGCUCGGCUGCCUCAACGAGCAGCGUCUGCUGGGCCUCUACUGCGAUGUGUCCAUCGUGGUCAAGGGCCAGGCCUUCAAGGCCCACCGGGCCGUCCUGGCCGCCAGCAGCCUCUACUUCCGCGACCUGUUCAGCGGCAACAGCAAGAGCGCCUUCGAGCUGCCGGGCACAGUGCCGCCCGCCUGCUUCCAGCAGAUCCUGUCCUUCUGCUACACGGGCAGGCUGACCAUGGCGGCCAGCGAGCAGCUCGUGGUCAUGUACACGGCCGGCUUCCUGCAGAUCCAGCACAUCGUGGAGCGCGGCACCGACCUCAUGUUCAAGGUGAGCUCGCCCCACUGCGACUCGCAGACCACCAUGAUCGAGGACGCCAGCUCCGAGCCCCAGAGCCCCUGCAACCAGCUGCAGCCAGCCGCCGCGCCCCCUUACGUCGUGUCCCCCUCCGUGCCCAUCCCGCUGCUGACCCGCGUCAAGCACGAAGCCCUGGAGCUGCCUCUGGCCACCGGCCCGGGCCUGGCCCCCAAGCGCCCUCUGGAGACGGGGCCCCGGGAUGGCGCGGCGGUGGCUGCCGGCCCGGCAGUGGCCACGGGCACGGCCCCUCUCAAGCUGCCCCGCGUCUCCUACUACGGGGUGCCCAGCCUGGCCACCCUCAUCCCCAGCAUCCAGCAGGCGCCGUACUCCCAGGGGGAGCGGACCAGCCCCGGGGCCAGCAGCCUGCCCACCACGGACAGCCCCACCUCCUACCACAACGAGGAGGAUGAGGAGGACGACGAGGCCUACGACACCAUGGUGGAGGAGCAGUACGGCCAGAUGUACAUCAAGGCCACGGGCAGCUAUGCAGUACAAGAGAAGCCAGAGCCGGUGCCGCUGGAGAGCCGCUCCUGCGUCCUGAUCCGCCGCGACCUGGUGGCCCUGCCCGCCAGCCUCAUCAGCCAGAUCGGGUACCGCUGCCACCCGAAGCUCUACUCCGAGGGGGACCCUGGCGAGAAGCUGGAGCUGGUGGCAGGCUCCGGCGUCUACAUCACGCGUGGGCAGCUGAUGAACUGCCACCUGUGCGCGGGGGUGAAGCACAAGGUUCUCCUGCGCCGCCUCCUCGCCACCUUCUUCGACAGGAACACGCUGGCCAACAGCUGUGGCACAGGCAUCCGUUCGUCCACCAGCGACCCGAGCCGCAAGCCGCUGGACAGCCGCGUCCUGAACGCUGUGAAACUGUACUGUCAGAACUUCGCCCCCAGCUUCAAGGAGAGUGAGAUGAAUGUCAUUGCCGCGGACAUGUGCACCAACGCCCGCCGCGUGCGCAAGCGCUGGCUGCCCAAGAUCAAGUCCAUGCUGCCCGAGGGCGUGGAGAUGUACCGCACGGUCAUGGGCUCCUCAGCAGCCAGCGCGGCCCUGGACCCCGAGUUCCCGCCCGCGGCUGCGCAGGUGUUCGAGCAGCGCAUCUAUGCUGAGAGGCGGGGCGAGGCCGCCGCCAUCGUGGCCCUGAGAACUGACGCCGUGAACGUCGACCUGGCCGCCUCCGCCAACCCGGCCUUCGAGGCCGGCGAGGAGGCCGACGGGGCCGGCUCGGUCAUCCAGGAGGUGGCCGCGCCCGAGCCGCUGCCGGCCGACGGCCAGAGCCCCCCGCAGCCCUUCGAGCAGGGCAGCGCCAGCAGCAGCCGGCCCGCCACGCCGGCCCCGGGGAGGAGACCGGAAGGCCCGUACGCGGGUCCCUUGUAGGGAGGCGCCCCUGGCGGACCGGCACCCAGGCGGGUACGGAAGCUGCUUGCAUGCGUUACUAAUACAGACAAAUGUGAUCAAGCCACUUACCUACUGAACUGCUACUGUUGCCUGAGAAAAAUGUGAUUUUUAUUCUGCUUGUAUUUAAAAUUUAUGAAGGAAACAAAUGCAUUCGUUAUACUGUAAAACGAUUAGGCCACUGGCGACCUAGUUGCGAGGAAGGUCCCAGGGGCUCCUUUUUGAUAUUCGAGAGGUUAGUCUCCAAGUUGUAGCGCCCCCUCCCCCGCGUGGGGAGGGGCGAGAGGCCCCCAGGCCCUGGUGCCUGGCUCUGCUGGCCUCCCCCCCUCCCUGCUCCCCCUGCCCGGGAUGAGGCCGGGGGGCCUGUGGGGCGGGAACACGCGCUUUGGGGUCCUCCGUCCUCACCCCUGGGGAUGGGGACCCCCCCCCACCGCCGCAACCCCUCCGGGGCCACGGGCCAGGGCUGGGCCCCCAGGGGCCAAAUCCUUGUUUUACCUUCUUCCUGAGACUCGGGGGUCAGGCCUGCCAGGUCCGCCGUGCGUGUGGGGUGUGGGUGUGUGUGCAGAGCGUGUGUGUGUGUGUGAGCGUGUGCAAGGGUGGCGGUGACGGCCCGGCGGUGGGCCGUGCUGGUCUGUGUGUGAGAGGAAGUGAUCUUGGCUACGUCUGCUGUCCUGCCCCACGCCCGGGGGGUCCACCCAACCCCUGCAGCUCCACGGACCCUCAGUCCACCUGGGACCCGGGGCCCGUGCCGCCCAGCACCCCCUGGUUCCCGCCUGGCCUCCCCCGCCUGGCCGCCCGCCGCCCCGUGGGGUGGGGCCCCCGCCCCUGGUGCAGCCCACGCAGCCCUCAGCCACGUUGGGUUUAGGUUUGCUUGUUUAUUCGUUUUUGUCUUAAUUCAGACCUAUUUCAUACUUGGUUUGGAAACUUUCAGACCCAAAAGAGCAAAAAAACAUUAAGAGAGGCUGGGGUGUCCCUGCCCCGACCCACUACAGCUCUGGGGGGGGUCUGUGUCCUAGACCACAGGAUGGGUCCUGCUCACCCCUGUGGAAGGGCAGCCAGGGUGAUCAGGAAGGGAAUCGGGGGUCAGGCGGGCGCUGGGCUCCCCACGUCUGCUCGGAGCCCCUGGGUGCGCGGACCUCCGAGGCUGUGGGUAGGUGGGCCCUGGGCACAGGCCUGAGCAGAGGCGGUUUGCAGGCGCAGAGGUUCUGGACUGCAUCGGGGGGUGUGUUGAUGGGGGUGGGGGGGCAAGGGCUUUGAUGGUUUGAGGCUGGAAAGCUCACUGUGAAGUUCCAUUGCAGUUUGAGGGGAGGGGCACGCGCGGGCUGUCCCAAGUGCUCCCAUCCAGACGCCCAGGGGCUGCCUCUUAAAUCCCAGGCGGCCGCCAGGCAUGGCCACAGGCCCCCCCCACCCCAGCCCUGCUCCCUGCACUCUGCCUUCCCUUCCCCCCCAACCCCUGCCAGGCAGGUGUGACCCGCCCCCCCCCCCCACCCACAAAGCUGAGCCACCCCCAGCCUCUUGUAGGUCCCAGCUGGGAGGCCGGCAUUGUGGGAGGGGGGGCUUCAGCACUCCCCGACCCCCACCCCGGGCUCCUCGUCCUGCUGACUGCGGUGCUCUCUUGUGGAGGGCCCUUGGAGGAGACCUUGGUGGGGGUUGGGGCGGGGUGCUUCUUCCAGCCAGGCCUGCCCUCCGCAGAGGUCUGAUGGCGCCGGGCUGGGCUGGGAGGACCCUGGGUGGGCACAUGGGAGCUGACCUCAGCCCUUUCACCCACCUGUCCCUGCCCCAGGGGCUACAGCUCCUUCCUGCUGGGGCUUCAGGCUGACCAUGUGGCCCAGAGGUGGGCCUCUUCCGUCUCAGGCCCAGGGGGCGAGCUGGCACAGCCCAGGGCCCACAGCCCACCAGGGACCAGGACCAAGUCCUCCUGGAGUUGGGAGGAGGCCACAGCCCCUAGGUGGGGGUGGGGGGCCGGUGAGGCAGACCCCACCACCCCACCGGCUCCCCUAUGGAGCCCCCCUUGUCAGCCGGCCGCCACCCCGUGUUUGCACUUUCAUCCCACCAGCCCUGGGGACCUUCUGGGGCCGGCUGCCCGCCCUGGCUGGCACAGAAGGGCUUUGCUCUCUCCUCUUGACCCCCACUCCAACGUGGGCCCGGCCCCCUCUCCCCCGCCCCGAGGCCAGGACAGGGAGGGGCGCCGGCCUCCCAGAGAAGGCCUGACGGCGCUGCUCAGGCCAGCACAAUGUCCCGUGACCUCUGUCCUUUGUUUAUAGUCACCGUCUGUUUUGUUGUUCUGGGUAAGGAAGGCUAGAGCUGCAGGUGAAACUUUAAUAAGAAUCUAAUGUGAAUGGCUGCUGAACUCUUCCUGCGCUCCGGACGGGCCAGGCCGAGCGUUUUGCACUAAUGUGUCCCGCGGUGGACGUGGGGUGGAGCGUUUGCAGACGGGCGUGGCUGAUGAUUGUAUCUGCCGGGGUGCUCCUCCCGCCGCGUCCGGAAUGUUCCGCGGGGCGGGCGGCGGCGGGCCUGGGCUCAGGGGGGGCCUUCCAGAGUGCCUUAGCAUCUUUUGAUCAUUUUUCCCAAGGAAAACCAAUUAGGAGAACCGGACCCUCCCCUCCUCUGUUUACAAGACGACUAAUUCCUGUCCCGUGAGCGUGACCCUCCCCACCUGACCCCUGUAGACCGAGAGACAAGCCACUCAGUAUUUAUGAGAUAACCGCACCUUUAUCCCUAAGCUUGACUAUUAGCAAUACGCAUAUACUACAUAGAGUCUACAUAGAGCUAAGUCUAUCGGCGCCUUUUGGAGAGAGAAGGACUGGGCCAGUCCCAGCGGCCGUGGCGGGCGGCCCGCCUGGGCUCCGCGGCCGCCCCCCACCCCUGCCCUCCCUGGUGGCCGGGCUGGGCCCCAGGAGGCAGCUGGGACGAGUGCAAAGGCCCAGGAGAAGGGACCGCAAUGUGACAGAUACUGUGAGUUCGGUGGGGCUGCCCGCUUGCCCGGUCAGCCGGCCGGCGGCCUCGGUACUUGAAACCUGUCUUGCUUUCUGCACUGUCUGGUCUCACCCAGAGUUCUCUGUGGUUGCUUAACCUUGCACUUGAUGCGAUCGUCUUACCCUGCCCUUGAAUGUGGACCAGAGGCGAGGGGAGAGGCCUCUGGGUGUGCGGCCUGCGGCCCCAAAACCGCUGUCCAGGUGCUGGGGCCCCAGGAGCCAGGCGUGUUUCUCCUCCAUGAAAACUCAUUCCUCGGCAGCCUUUCUGCUGGGAAGGAGGAGGAAAGCAGGGCCUCAGCCUGGGAGCGGCCUGCUCGGUUCCGGCCCUGACUCUGUCCCCAUGUGACGGCCGGAACCUCCCAGCACGGGCUGGGUGUGUGCCAUCCCCCGCUGUGGACGGCUUAGAUUCCCCUCCACCGGGUUAUCUUUAUGGAAAUAUUCUGCUGCAAGUCGAAAAAGGCCUAUGGCCCAUUAACCACCUGAAAACUCAGAGAAAACCUCUGCCUGCCUCUCUGCCAGCAGUAAAUCCUAAACACAGAAUUGAGAGCUCAGAGCCGUCUUGAGCUUUAACUACUGUCUCUGAAUGUUGCUGCUGCAUACAUUUGUCAUCAUGUCAGCCAGCCAGCUCCGGGCGUGUCCCCCGCCAGCAGCCAGAGACGGUGGCGGUGGGGGGCGGGGGGGCUCGGUACAAGGUGUUUCUAACCUGGCAACAAGGGUUUUUGGUUUUUGUUUCUUGUUUUCUUCUGUUUCUUUGAUAAAAACGAAAAGGAAUGUGAUGCAGCAUCCAUCUAAAGCAUUCAGAUGGGACAGCCCGCUUGAAUUCUGAUCAAUGCUUCUUCGUCAGCGUUUUGCACAUGGUUGUCAUUUUUACGUCAAAAGAAGCCAAAACUUGCAAUACUAUUUUUAGCAGACAAAAAAUAAUAAAGAACUAAAUAUAAACCAUAUAAAUAUUUUUGACUUGAACAUUUGAAUGGCAUUGGGUGCAAAUAGACCAUUCAUCCUUUGGACGGACUGUUUGGGGGGAUAAAAGAGACUUUUGAAAAGGAGACGGUUGUUGUAAAGAGUCCGUGGAGGGGUUAAGUAGUACUGUAACUCACGACUGUUAAAAAUCAAUAAAUAAAUUGUCCUGUGCUGUAUAGGAGGCCUGUUCCACAGUAACACUGAGUUCCAUUUCAGUCUCAGAAGAGACUGGCUUUUUUUUUUUUUCUAUUUUCUUUUUUCGUUUUUUUUUUUUUUUUUUUUUAAGAAGGAGGAAACCUCUAUUUGUUCCUCCUGCGCCUCCCUCUCUUUCGUGCUGCUACUUGGCAGAAUUCAGACUGUUGCUUUUUCGCCACGGCUGACACCGUAUAACUCAGAGGACACAACAUCCGCCAGCGACCAGGAAACCGAGGGCUUGCAAUGUGCUCAAAGCCGAUCCAGGAGGUGGAAAUCCGUUACAAACAAAAGGAUGUGAUCGUUCAUUGUAAAGCGCUUUGUAAAAUUCACAUUUACAGAAUAAUAAAGUCAGUUCAAACCCA